AUGGCUGAUAUGAAUAUAUCUGAAUAUUGGCUACCGCAGCCAUUUUCGUUUUGGUUUACUUGUUAUUCGAAAUUACAUCAGUCGUAUAGAAUUCCACGAACCACUACGACCCCUCCUAGUCAACUGGACUCACCUCUCGUACAUGAACUCUACGACCCAUUGAUACAUAAUGGAGUAACUGCAGUGUCCACAUCACCUAUACUAUAUAACAUGGGCGGUGGUGUAUUAACUGGCGCUACCAAAAUCUAUAUUCUAUAUUACGGUAGUUGGAAUGCUAAUCAAAAAACUAUUGCCGAAACAUUCCUUUCGCAUGUGGGAACUACAUCGUGGUUCAACAUUGAAAAGACCUACUACUAUCGAGCUUCAUCCAUAAGUCCUAAAGUAUACAUAAAAGGUCCGAAAAAUGGGCAAGUGCCAAAUGAUUCGCAGGGCCUCUACUUGCUUCUCAGUUCUUCAGAUGUCAGCGAAGGCAGUGCAGAAGCUGGUGGAACUUUCUGUGUCAACUACUGUGAAUAUCAUUUAAACUUCUAUGUCGACAAUGUAGCAUACGUUCUUGGAUUUAUUGGAAAUCUGCAAAAGUGCAUAAAUGGUUCCGGCUCCACCAACCCGACUAAUUCACCUAACGGUGACGCUGGUGUUGACGCCAUGGUCAGCGUAAUCGCACAUGAAUUAGUGGACACUAUGUCGGAUCCAUUUGGGAGUGCAUGGUUUGGUGCGACUGGUAACGAAAAUGCCGAUAAGUGAAUUAUGGCAUCAUCAUUACGUGACGACUUCAAUGAAAUUCAUUAUAGACAAGGUUCAUGUGCUAUUAUUUUAAAACCAGGGGAUCUCUUAAAUGAAAACAAUGUUGAUGCUCUUGUCAUUCCAACGCCAAGUGCAAUUGAGCUAGACCCGAACAGUUUUGUACUGUUCCAAUCUAUGUACUCUAAAGCAAAUCAAUAUGAAAAAAGAGAAAUUGAAAAAAUUCGGUCUUAUGUAACGCUUAAUCAACCAGAAUUUUUUUCGAAAAAUCCCCCUGGAUAUAUUUUUGCGGUGCCACCCUACGUAGGCAAUGCUAAGAAAGCUUGCAAACUUUUAAAGGAAACAUACAAGUCAUGCCUCGAUUUAGCAAUUAAGAGUAACUGUCGAAAAAUUGCUUUUCCUACAAUUGGCUGUGGUAUCAUUGGAUUUGAAUUAGCCGAUGCAACUCAUUGUGUUUAUUCGGUUUUAGAAAAUUUUUGUGAAUCAAAAAAAAGCAAAAACAUGGAUGAAAUUAGAAUAGUUAUUUUCAAUCAAAAGAUAUAUAAAGAAUUCACUGAAUUUUUCAAGAGCUAUGGUCAAAAAAAGAAAGUUAAAUUCAAUGAUGUGCCUAUAUCAAGAGAAAAUCCAAAUCUAUCUGAAAUGCUACACGGAAACAAUAGGCGCCAACCGUCGCCACAAAUAGAUUCGCGUGCAGCAGAUACAGCAAACCGUCGGGAUGAUCAUGAUGAUGAUAUGGAUGAACGUAAUCGCAGAGAUGCGAGAAGAAAACAAGCGUCGGAACUUAAUCCAAAUAGUCCCGAAUUCCAGCCCAGUAGUAGUAACAAACGUCGUGCUCUGCGUGAAUUUCUAAUAAACGACAAUAGAACACAGCUGAUUAUAACACAAGGAGAUAUUUUAACUACAAAAGUAGAUGCUAUUGUCAAUGCUGCUAACGAAAGCAUGUUGGGCGGAGGUGGUGUUGAUGGUGUCAUUCAUAAAGCUGCUGGUGACGGUCUCUACAAAGCGUGUCAAGCUCACAAAGAGAUCUAUCCAUAUGUUCGUUUACCAACUGGUCAUUCGCGCAUUUUGCUUAGUUAUAAUUUGAAGAAAACAACCCACUAUAUUAUUAAUACAGCCGGACCCUCCUAUGACGAUUUUCCACCAGCUGAAUGCCAAAAGCAUUUGACUUCUUGCUAUGAAACAUCACUUGCCCUUGCUAAUUUAUACGAUCUUGAAACAAUCGCUUUUACGGCCAUCAGCUGCGGUAUAUUCGGUUAUCCAGUAGAUGAAGGUGCUGAAGUUGCACUCACAGCAGCUAAUAGUAAAGCUGGUUCCUUGAGUAAAAUUUGGUUUGUAUUAAAAGAUGAUCACAUUUAUGAUGCAUGGAUUAAGGCAGCUAAAAAAUUCAAGUACAUUGCCCUGGAUGGCAAUGGUGAUGAUGAUAGUGACGAAAAAACGACAACUGCAUCUACACAUCCAACUGCAAAAGAACACGACACAACUAAAAAGCCAAAUACAGAAAAAGAAUCUGGAAGAGGAAAAAAAUCACCUGACUUGAAAAUUAUCGAUGGCUCGACACCCGAUGAUGUGAAAAAAACGGCUCUAUCUAGUCGCGAAAAUUCCAGUAAAAAAUCAUCCACAGAUCAAGACGCUACAAAAACACAUAAAAAUUCAAAGGAUGCUGCAGAUCAUGACAGCUCAACAAAUGAAAAUAAUGAGACGUCGAAAGAAAAAAGCCAACAAACGAACAACAACAAGAGUAACGAAGAGCAGGCAACAUCGAAUAACCCUCCUCCAGCGCAAAAGGAUCAGCAAGACCAAAGUCAAGCAACUUCAAAUGAAAACAACAACACAGAAAAAAAAUCUGGAAAAAAAAUUAAAAAUAAAUCGUAG